GGGCGGGCGGGGGGCGGCAGGGCCGGGCGGCGCGCAGAAGUCGGCGGCGAGUUGCAGGCGGUCGGCGGCCGAGCGUUGGCUGUAACUUGACACCGGAGCGAGAGGCCGAGCGGGAGCGGCGGCGGCGCGGAGGAGGAGGAGGAGGAGGAGGAGGAGGCGGCAGAGGAGCGGAGCCGAGCCCCAGGGAGCGGGAUGGUGACCACCUCCUUCCCCUCCCCUUAGCGGCGCUCCGCAGCAGCCGCCGCCGCAGCGCCGGGGACUCUCGCCUGCCGUGGGGCCGGGGGCAGCCGGUGAUGGGGACGGGACGGGUCCCCUGAGCUCCCGGGAACUUUCCCCGCCGCGGGCAGCCGGAGCCGAGCAGGCGGAUGGAGGAUGCGAUUCCUGCGGCGGGCUGCGUGACCCGGCGGCGGCGGCGAAGGGGAGGAUGAAGAAGAAGCAGCAGCACGGUGGCGGCGGCGGGGGGGGGGACUGCCCGGCUCCCCGGCCCCCCGCGGCGGCGGCGGCGGCGGGAGGGGGCCCGGGCCAGGGCGGGGGCUGGAAGAGACGGCGGCCCCUCUCACUCCUGCCCUUUCUCUCGCUGCGCGACUACGGCUUCUGCAUGGCCGCCCUGCUGCUCUUCUGCCUGGGCUCCCUCUUCUACCAGCUCAACGGGGGCCCCCCGCACUUUCUGCUGGACCUGCGGCACUAUCUGGGAAAUUCCACUUAUUUGGAUGACCACGGACCACCCCCUCAAAAGGUACUUCCUUUCCCCAGCCAGGUGGUCUACAACAGAGUUGGAAAGUGUGGGAGUCGAACUGUGGUUUUGCUUUUGAGAAUUUUAUCAGAGAAACAUGGAUUCAACCUGGUUACAUCUGAUAUCCAUAACAAAACAAGACUGACCAAAAAUGAACAGAUGGAAUUGAUUAAAAACAUAAGCACUGCUGAGCAGCCCUAUUUAUUCACUAGGCACGUUCACUUCCUCAACUUCUCAAGGUUUGGAGGAGACCAGCCAGUGUACAUCAAUAUUAUUAGAGAUCCGGUCAAUCGAUUUUUAUCCAAUUAUUUUUUUCGACGGUUCGGAGACUGGAGAGGAGAACAGAAUCACAUGAUCCGUACCCCCAGCAUGAGACAGGAGGAAAGAUAUCUGGACAUUAAUGUAUGUAUCCUUGAAAACUACCCUGAAUGUUCCAAUCCCAGGUUAUUUUACAUCAUACCAUAUUUCUGUGGACAGCAUCCAAGAUGCAGGGAGCCUGGUGAAUGGGCCCUUGAAAGAGCAAAGCUGAACGUUAAUGAAAAUUUUCUGCUUGUGGGCAUUCUGGAGGAGUUGGAGGAUGUGCUGCUUUUAUUAGAAAGAUUCUUACCUCAUUAUUUCAAGGAUGUGCUUAGCAUCUACAAAAACCCAGAACAUAGGAAGCUUGGUAAUCUGACUGUGACAGUGAAAAAGACCGUCCCCUCUCCAGAAGCAAUACAGAUCCUCUACCAACGCAUGAGAUAUGAAUACGAGUUUUAUUACUAUGUCAAAGAACAGUUCCACCUGCUAAAACGCAAGUUUGGACUGAAGUCUCAUAUCAGGAAAUCACGUCCCAGACCUGAGUUCUUCAUUCCUUCUCCCCUGGAAACAGAGGAACCGAUGGAUGAUGAGGAAGAUGAUGAAAAGUGGCUAGAGGAUAUCUAUAAAAGGAAUCAGCCUUUAUUGCAAAGAGUUCAGCAAACACAAAACACUGUCGAUCAACCUGCUUGUGUGAGCCAAGACCAGAGAAAAGAACUGAACGUUCUCACAUAUAGACCUCCCUAUACAGACCCCAUUGGAAAAACAAGAGAGGUCUUACCAAGCCUUGGAGGUGCCUGCCUACUGGUGUUGGAGUCACCGGGACUGCUUUUGCAGGUGGAGGUAAAGAAGUGCUGUUAUCCCCAUUUCUUACACUGGGAAUGGAUACAGCAAGUGGCACUUAGAAAUGCAGAACAUGAAGCGAUGCCUUACUGUUCAGCAACUGACACCAACACGGAGUGAAAAGACAGUUCUCACUCAGCUCACCGAGUAGUUGGUAUUGUCUGGUGUAUCCAUAAACCAGAAAGCUUCUCCAGCUGUCAUUCAGGGGUACCUGCCUCUCAGCUGAGAGAUCUGGUGCUUUCCCCUCAUUUCCUCCCAGGCCCUCCCUUACCUGGACAGUACACGUCAUUAAAGCUUUUGGCUACAUCUUCCGGGGAGCAUCUUAAGGAAGAGUGAGCAAACAGGGACGUAAUCCAAACUCCUGUGUCCAAGUGCCCGUGCUGCUGAGCCUUGCUCUAAAUUUUGAAACUGGGAGAAGGCUCUUGAGGUUGAGCCCACCUUGUAGGUGUCAGCUUCGUUCCUGCUCCAGAUCUAGUUUCUGCUCUGAGUAUUAGGGCGAGUCCUGGCCUGUCUCUGAAAUAACUGAGGCUUAGCAAUGCCAAAUCCGUCCCCUUUGGCUUUGGGCCGGGAGGCUGAAAUGCACUGGCAGGUGAGCGCAUCAGGGUGCAAAGAAGUCUCCGCAGUGUCAGUCCUCUGACAUGAGCAGAGACGCUCAGUGUCAACAGCAGCCCUGGAGGCUGGUGUCUGAGCAGGGAGAAGGAAACAGAGCCAGUUUCUCAGUCGUAGCUAGCCGGUGGGCAUUUCUGCCAAAUCUCCCUUGGACAAGUUUGUGCUAGUCCUGUCAGCACUUGCUGUGGGAAAAACCUUUCUUCCUACACUUCUUGGGACAGAAAGCUGGCAAGGAGCGCCCAGCAGCGCCUCUCUUCCAAGGAGGCUGGAGAGAUCCAGGGGAGAUGUGAGGGUGCAGGGGAGGGAGGACCACAGCCUCCUGCCUCCCUGCCCUGUGGGGGGCUGAGCUCCAGGCUGCUUCACACCAGACCCAGGCAGGACGGUGCUGAUAGAGGACAGUGUUGCUCCUUGCAGGAUGAAAACCCAGCUCCUCAGAACGGGGUUUCUCGUCAGAAACUGCUGUGAAAACUCCCUGGAGACUCUGCAUAAUUGUAGCUUUCCAGCAGGUUUUGCCCCAAAGAAUGUGAUUUGGCCCACCAGCAUUGGCUGGAAACUGAGCUUUCUAGUGACUCCACAAUCCAGCCCUUGUCAGUCACGCAACUUGGGUCCGUGCAUGGGGCUCUUUGUGAUAAACCUCACUGGAAUUUGGAAACCGUUCAGCAAAUUUGACCUCUACUUUGUCUUAUAAAUAUCACAGUGUCAAGCAGCAUCGCGCAUGUCUUAUCACUCCAAAACUGGGAGAAGGAGAUGGAAUUAUUAUGUGGUCAGCUCUGAUUUUCCAAAACAAUAUCUUUUGAGUCAAAGGAAAAAGCUUUUUGCUUCUCAGAAAGAAAGAGAAUGUCCUGUUUUUGCCUGGGGGAAGGGGCUUUUCUCAGACUUAGUCUGAUCCCUCUUGAGCACGUACCGGUCACCCCAAAGGAGCCUAAAGCAUUUUCGUCUUUUGUAGGUAGAGCACCAUGGCAGCCACCUCCUGUGAGGAAGGCGAGAUGAGACCCAACCCAUUUCUCUGUUCUCACCACGGGAAAGGGAACGGAGGCGUCGGCAAAACCUUGGCCAAGAACAGCUCUGACCAAAGUUAAGAGCUUCUAACUUCUCUGCAAAAUAGAUAGGGAAGUGCGAAAUAGAGAGCAAAGCUUACACCAGAGCAAUCUAGGGCAAGCAGGGAAAAUGCAUUUAGCCACAGGUCAGCAUCUUUUAAGAAAGCUGCGGCUCCUUGCUAACAUGAGCAAAGUCAGACCUUUUCUUCGCUUAAAAAAUGUAUGUGGUCCCCUGGUGUCCCCUCCCCAGCCCACCCCGUGGCUGCUGCCCAGGCUGCCACAGCCGUGCCAGUACUGUCACAGGCAGCAGAAGAGGAUGCAGCAGCCCCACUGCCUUGGGAGCCCCACAUAGCUGGCAGCCCUGCCUGCUGCCGAAUCGCUGUGUGGCCCAGCCUAAUUGCUUAAAGCUUUCCUUUUCCCCUCACCACGAAGGCUGGAGUGUAGUAGUUAUCUACUCUGCAAAACUUUUAUGAGAAUUGGUACGGUUUCGUAGAAUUCCUGAAUAACAAGGGAUCACAAUAGCUGUGGUGGAGCCAGCCUUCUCAAACCCUAACGCCUGUGCUGUUUGCUUAUUUAUGUUCAGUCUCUGCAGGCAGGAAUCGUGUUCCUCUGCCUCCCACCGAUCCCAGCGGCAAGUGCCCCGGACUGCUCAAAAUCCAGCUGAGGUGCACGUGCGCAGCGUGCCCCAGGCACUUCAGCCUCCACCUCCUGCCUCCUGUGUCGGUCACAGCCUCGGAAAGGGACCCCGGGUGCCACUGGGAGGCUGCUGAAUGUAGCUCUCUCAGCCACUCGGGGACUUGGCACUUGUGUAUUCUUCUGGAAAUGAAAAGGAGGCACUGAGAAUUUCCCUGGGGAAGUCUUCCAUGGGGAAAACCUCCUCGUUUCCCUGCCAGAUAGUGAGCUAUGUGGCAAAUUAAUUUGAAUCUAGGAAAAGUAAUUUGAAACAGGGCAGGUAAUCCCCACCUUCCCCAAAACAUCCCUUCAGGUUUUGGCCAGCCCUGAUGUACUCUGAAGCCAGCAGUGUCAUGUCAUAUCCUUGAAGACUCCUUUUACAGGCAACAUUUAAGAUCAAAUAGUAAUAGCAAUGACUAAUAGUAAGAAUAAUAAUAUUGUGUUUACCUCACAGUGUUAAUGUUCAACCAAACAGUAGAUGCUGCUGUUGAAAACAACCAAAACCAUGCUUUGUAUGCAGAGGAAACCAUAUGCAAGAGGUGGAUGAAUGCAGGUUAAACUGCAGGAGCCUCUUGCUGAGGAAGCCUAGACUUCAGUGCUCGAUGCCUGGGGCGUAACUAGCUUUUCCUUCUUCCCUCCCCUCCAGUGCAUGCCAGUCAUUUCAGUUUAAAUGAAACAGCCUUUUAGAAAAAAACAGCAAGCCAAGCCAAACCCAAGUAUCCGUUGUUUUCUCCAUCCUGUCCCUCCAAAAGUGGUUUGCUUUAGUCCAGUGAGUCAAAAGGUAUUGCUCUCUUACUCAUCGUUCCCAUUUGCAUUUCUCAAGAAGAGACCUGGCAGACAAAUGCUGUGGACAAGCCCUGAAGAUUGCACCGGGACUCAGUAGCUCAUUCGCGGGGAAGUGCCUCAUUAGCUGUUGAGAGUUCAGGCUUGGAGACCAUCUAAAUGGGGAUUGUUGUUUGCUCAACAAAUGUAGGGUGAAGGUGCCACCCUAAAGGGAACUGCAAUCUGAAUUUUCAGAAGUUUCUGAAAUCUGAAAAUCUGCGGGUUUUUCAUCAAAAAAAAAACAAAGAAAUUUCAGUUGUUCUGUAAAUCAGAACAAACUGAAAUAACCAAGUGGAGCACAACUGGGCCAGCACACGCAGCAACGGCAAGUUCCCACUGUAGCACUGCAGUUAGGCAGUUAGCAUGUGUUAGGUUUCUGCACUGUCUAGGAACAUAAGCAGGUACAUGUGUAUAGGUUCAAAACAUUUAACUACGGCCCUCUGGAGCACCACGGCAUUUUUAGACAUGAAAGACAGAAGGGUUUUGCUUCUAUAAAGUUUGAAAGAAGUUUGGGCACCAGAGCAGAGAAACAAGAAAAGAGGUGAGAUGCUUGGUGAGGUGUGAGGUGUGAGGAGCGGAACCCUGUACAAGGGGAGGCGAAGAGAGAUACUCCCAGUGCAGGUAUUAAGCAGCUGGCUAUCCAUAAGGGAGCUGGCAGAAAGGCCAGUCACAGCCUCUCUGGCUCCACUCGCCCUGCCGCUGCUGCUGAGGGCGCGCUUCGUGAAAAGCCCACACCUGACAAGAAGAGCACGCAGCAACAGGGGAAGGGCUCAGCCUGGGUCCAGACGUAGUGAUGGGUCCAGGUGCAACUGCUUAAUAACCCUGGAAGUGACUGGCUUUUGGGUGCUGGAGCCAACCUGAGUGGAGGCGAGUAGAGAUGGGAUCCUUCCUUUCUUGCGGGUCCCCUCAGCGAAGGCUACUGCUGGUGCAAAUUAACUAAUACUGCACAUUA